CUUCGGCGAGCUCGGAAGGUUUGCGGCAGCGGUUUUCGGCCACGCUUCUCAAAUUUCUGCAUUCUGUGAAAAUUAAACGCUGGUUAUGAUUCCCAGCGGAAGAUUUGCCAAAUUGAAUGCAAUUAAUUGAAUUAACAAGGCACCCUAUUGCCAAACUAUAACUGGAUCUUCGACUAGCUUUAAGUUGAUUUAUGAGUUAAGAUCUGCCACCUCUUGCCAUACUUAUAAGCGAUUUCCCUCAGGAUUUCGAACGAUCUCGCCUGCGGAACAUGCCCGGCACCUCGUAUCCCACGAAUAAUGAUAAUUUCAGCAACGGAUUUCCGAUGGCCACCACACAAAGUGAGCGACUGUUGCAGGCCCAGAAUCGAAGAAAAUUUAGUUUUCCUGCCACACUCCAUUCGGCCUCCCUGCUGGAAGUGGGUGGUGGCCCAAAGGAGACCACUCGGCGGAGGUUGAGCAAUGUCAGCGAUGCGGUAACCAGGAAACUCUCCUAUACCAUCGGUUGGAAGGCAGCCCAGAUUCCAGCGCAAGACAUCAUCACACAGGGUCGAUGCCUCUGUGGCCACUACAUCAAGCGACGGCUGAGAAGAUCGGGAUUGUUCAAUAAAAAGCUAGGACUGCAGCGCAUACGUAGCAUUAUGGGCUCCACCUCCAUGGGCAUUGUAAGAGAUGUUUUCCCAGCUGUUCAAGUGCUGGGCGACGAACUGGAGCGCAUGCAUCCGCGGGUUUACAACGGCGUAGCUCGUCAGAUUUGCCGUAAUCCUGGCGGGGAGUUCCACACUCCGGAUGCUGUGAGUUUGCUUCUGGGAGCCGUGGGUCGUGAGCUCUUCCGGGUGGAGAUUACCUGGAGUAAGGUGAUAUCGUUGUUUGCCAUCGCCGGCGGGCUAUCUGUUGAUUGUGUGCGCCAAGGACAUCCGGAAUACCUGCCCAAGUUAAUGGAGAGUGUUUCGGAGGUGAUUGAAGAUGAGCUGGUUCCAUGGAUCAACGAGAAUGGCGGCUGGGUAGUGUUUUCCAAUUAUUUCCUUUUAGGCAAGAUAUUACUUAACUGUUCCUUUUUAGAGCGGCAUCAACACUCAUGUUUUACCCACUACCAACAGCCUGAAUCCUUUGGAAUGGACCACUUUGGUUAUAGGAGUAGUUUUCGGCCUUAUUUUAGUUAUUAUGGUUUUGCGGUUUAUAAUUAACAUGAUUAUUCCGAAAAUAUACCAACGAUUUACGAAGUGAAA